AUGUUUCGCCGGGCUCUUCCACCCGGCAACCAGUCUCCUUUAGGCAACAAGGACAGAAAAAGACUGCGCGAAACUCUGCUGAAUAAUUUCCCGCUGCUGACUGAAAGUGAUGUGGAUUUGUUAGUACCUAAAGAGGGAGUGGUGCAAUCCCGCCUAAACCUCCCCCAAGUCCCCAAACCGGCUGGUGGGGGCCCCCAGCAGCCGGGGGCCCUCACUCCACUUUUGAGCUCCACAAGCACCAACAAGUGCACCCUAUAUUCUGUGGGCGACAUUACUUUCCUCGCGGAGGUGAAUGGGAUCUUUUUCCCCACGGUGCACGCCCUCUGGCGCUUGCCCAAGAUGCUUCCUUGUAUGAUUCUUCUGUCUCCUGUGUCGCACUUCGUGCUCAAGGGCGCGGAUUUGAUGCUCCCAGGGGUCUGCAGACCCUUGACAGUGGCUGCAGCGCACGAGGCCGGAGUGCGGAAGAUCAACUGCGGCGAGCUGUGGGCGAUUCGCGUGGCAGGCAACGCUUUGCCCUUUGCUGUGGGGCGCGCAGUCGCAACAGUCCCCUCUUUGGAGCUAUUAGGUGACAAAGGCAGGAUCCUGGAGCUCAUGCAUUGCCUCGGAGACGCCUUGUGGAAGCAUGGAAAGCCCACGCCAUUGCCCCCCUUGUUUACCUUUAGUCAAGUCUUCAGUGGAGGGGAUGACGCUGAGUUGCUUGCCGCUUGUGGCAUGGGGCCACCAGAGUCGCUUCCAGGAGCUCGACCGACGGGACAGCAGCAAGAGCAGCAACAGGAGGAACAGCAGAAGCCGGAGGUGGCCCAGGAAACAGACGUUGUAGCUGAGAGCUGCAGCGGAACUGAUCCCGACGGACACGAAUCGGCGGGGGGCGCUGCUGCGGAGCCUGAGACAGAGGAGGCUGGUGGUGGGCAGGCCGGCCCGUUGGCCGCCUCAGGAGACGAAGGCCCACCAAAAAUGGCGGAUCAGGGUUUGACCGUGGAGGAGCAAGAUAAGUACCUGGCUUUGUGCUUGCUGGAAACAUUGCAUGCUAUUUCGGACGACCAGCUGCCCCUCGACGUCUCCGCACUUUACAGGCAAGUCGGGACGCGGGAAUGA